AUGUCCGAACAAUCCGCAUUCAGCUUCCUGCCUUUGGGCGCCAUCAUCCAAGAGUUCCGUGUCGGUGGCCAGAACAUCGUCCUGGGUUUCCCCACGCAGGAGGACUACGUGAAACAUAACUCCCCGCAUUACGGUGCAACCAUCGGUCGCGUUGCCAAUCGCAUCAAGGAUGCCCUGAUCCAGGACCUCAAUGGCCAGAAGGUUCAGCUGACGAAGAACGAUGGCCCCAAUUCACUGCAUGGCGGUGAGCAAGGUUGGGGCAAACGCGUAUUUGACGGUCCCCACGCCGUCCAGCGCAACGGUCAGGACGCCCAGCUGUUCAAAUAUCUCUGCAAAGAUGGCGAGGAGGGGUACCCCGGGACCGUCGAAGUGCGCGUCUGGUACACCGCCAGCAAGGAUGACGCCAAGACCGUGCUGACUGCCGAGUACGAGGUGGAAUUCAUUGGCAACGAGUGCGAGGAGACCGUUGUCAAUCUCACCAACCACAGCUACUUCAAUAUCGGGGAUGGUCCUGAUAUCUCGGGCACCACCGCUCAGCUCGCUACGGCCGACUAUCUUCCCAUCGACAGCACCGGUAUCCCAUCAGGCGGAAUUGCCAAAUUCCCUCGCGAUGUGACCACUCCGUUCACGCUCACUGCGACCGGUGCACACAUCGAUGACGUCUUCGUGUUGGAGACUGAACCCAGUAAGAUCCCGCUGGACACUCGUGGCUUGCCGCUUCGUCGCCUGGCGCAGUUCAGCAAUGCGGGCACGGGCCUGCAUCUCGAGGUGCACAGCACUGAACCGGCGUUCCAGUUCUACACUGGCAAGUACAUUAAUGUACCCUCGAUCAACGGUGCGCCGGCGCACCAUGAGGGAGCUGGAUUCUGUGUCGAGCCUAGCCGAUAUGUGAAUGCGAUCAAUGAGCCCGAGUGGCGAUCGAUGGUCCUGCUGAAGAAGGGGGAGAUCUUUGGUUGCAAGACUGUAUACAAGGCAUGGAAGGCUUGA